AGAUUGCGAGUGUAUAAAUACCGCCGACAAGGACACGCACACACACCGAGUGUACACAGGUCGAAGAUCGUUUUCCUUAAUGGCGACCUCAUAUUCAAAAGUGUCACUUUGGUCUUUUCUGUGAAUGGAAACUCAAGCCGGUGAUUUCAUCUAGUUUCAUCAAGUGCAAUUUCUGUAGUUUGUUAUUAUUAUUAUUUUUUUGCAUUUAUAUUUGAACGUAAGUAGCUAGUUAAGUUCUUGUAUUUUAUGCACAGUUUUUAUUUGCAUAUCACCAGUCACCAUGCUUUUCACCGCACAUUUUAUCUUGGCCACUGUUUUGUUUGCUGGACUCGUGAAAUGUAAAAGCGUGGAUUUGGACCAGACCGAGACAGUACCUGUCAAAAGAAACGGCCUUUGGCGACGUGAGAACUGGCAAGUGUUCCAAAUUAAGGCGUUCGGGCAGGUUUUCACGCUGUACCUGAGGCCAGACGAUCGUUUCAUGGCUCCUAUGUUACACGUUCAGCGCGUAAAAGUGAGCCAUGUCUCGGCUGGUGUGAACGGCUCCGGGUCCGAGCGCGUGCUCGAGGAUCUACUGUCCCAGCCCAGAGAGAGCGAGCAGGAGCUGAGGGGCUGUUUCCACACAGGUACGGUAAACAAGGACGAGGAGUCUCUGGUCUCCGUCAGUCUCUGUCGUGGCAUCCGGGGAACUUUCGUCACGCGCGGUCAAGAGUACUUCAUUGAACCGGUCGGCGCGCGCACUGGAGACGCGACGGGGACUUUCUCUCAGCCUCACGUCGUUCAAAGGCGAGUGUUCUCCACAAAGUCCGGCGUCGAGACACAGGAAGAGGACGACAGUUACGUGAAGCACGGUGACGAAUAUGAACCAAGAGAGCAAAAGCGAGAGCGGAGGUUCGUGUCAGCAGCCAGGUACAUCGAGACCCUGGUUGUCGCGGACGCUUCAAUGACGCGUUUCUAUGGAGACGAGAUCAAGCACUACCUAUUAACCGUUAUGGGGAUGGCUGCACAACUUUUUGGCCACCCCAGCAUUAAGAAUGCAGUGAGCCUAGUGGUAGUCAAAAUGUUGGUGGUGGAGGAUGAGGAUGUUGGACCCGAGGUGUCCAGAAAUGGCGGAAUGGCCCUACGCAACUUCUGCACCUGGCAACAGCUCUUUAACCCAGCAAGUCCACGGCACCCUGAGCAUUAUGACACAGCCAUUUUGUUUACAAGGGAGGAUAUUUGUGGACAUCAGCAUUGUGACACCCUUGGUGUAGCUGAUGUGGGAACCAUGUGUGACCCCAAAAGAAGCUGUUCAGUCAUCGAGGACAACGGCCUUCAGGCAGCCUUCACAGUGUCACAUGAGCUUGGCCACGUACUAAGCAUGCCCCAUGAUGACUCCAAAACAUGUGAGAAAUUGUUUGGUGAUAUUGAUGGACACCACCUAAUGGCUCCCUUCUUUGUCCAUCUCAACAAGACACUUCCCUGGUCACCAUGCAGUGCCCUUUACAUCACAGAGUUCUUCGACAAUGGGCAUGGUGACUGCUUACUGGAUAUGCCAGACCAGACUAUCCCCUUAAGGGCUGAGCCUCCAGGCCAAAUGUUUGGUCUGGACCAACAGUGCCAGCAAGCAUUUGGAGAGGAGUUUGCCCGCUGCCCCAAUGCCCCAGAGGACCAAGCAUGCAUCCAGUUGUGGUGUCGUGAAGAGGGCAAACUGCAAUGCACUACUCGUAAUGGGAGCCUGCCCUGGGCUGAUGGCACACCCUGUGGUGAAGACCAUAGCUGCCGUGGGGGUGUGUGUGUGCCAAGCCUAUUGGCAGUGAAUGGAGAGGAGGAACCAGUCAAUGGUGGCUGGGGUGAAUGGGGUGCCUGGGGUCCAUGCUCUCGAACCUGUAGUGGUGGGGUUGAGUUUUCUCAUCGUGAGUGCACAGAUCCAGUGCCACAGAAUGGAGGAUCCUAUUGUGUGGGUCAGAGAGUGAAAUACCAGUCUUGCAACAUUCAACCCUGCCCAGGAAAUCAUGGUAAGAGCUUCAGAGAGGAACAGUGUGAGAAAUACAACAGUGAUCGUUACUUAAAUGUGCAUGGCAAAAUAAAGGAGUGGAUCCCAAAGUAUGCUGGUGUUUCACCCAGGGAUCGGUGCAAACUCUUCUGCAAAGCCAAGCACAGCAAUGAAUUUAAAGUCUUUGAAGCCAAGGUCGUGGAUGGUACAACCUGCGGUCCAGAUACUACGUCAAUCUGUGUCCAAGGACAGUGCAUCAAGGCUGGCUGUGACCAGGUCAUAGGCUCCAAUCUUAGACUGGACAAGUGUGGCGUCUGUGGUGGAAACGGGGCAACUUGCCGAAAAAUCAGUGGCACUCUAAACAAAGCUACCUUUGGAUACAAUGACAUAAUUACCAUUCCUGCUGGGGCCACCAACAUUGACGUCAAGCAGCGUAGCCACCAUGGCAUCAAGCAUGAUGGUAACUACCUGGCAGUGAAGGCCGAGGAUGAAACCUACAUUCUCAACGGGAAUUUCUCAGUAUCCACGGCUGAACAGGACAUUCCAGUGCGUGGUGCUGUCCUUCGAUACAGUGGCUCAUCCACUACUCUGGAGCGGCUUCUCAGCUUCCAGGUACUCCAACAAACCAUCACCAUCCAGCUUCUGUCAACAGCAGGUGACACCUCACCACCCAGGGUUAAAUACACCUUCUACCUGCCCCGGGACCUUCCCUUCAGCAAGCCAGAGGCAGAGAGGAGCCUCUCCCCACAUGUCAUCCUACCAUUUGGAGGGGCCGAAUGGGUCCUGGGUGAGUGGUCUGUGUGCUCUAAGAGCUGUGGUGCUGGCUGGUCCAGGAGGAGUGUUGAGUGUCAGGACAGAACAGGAGCCCCGUCUUUCUCAUGCGACAUGGAGCUGCGGCCAACCGACAUCCGACCGUGUGGUGAUCUGCCCUGUCCUGUAUGGCAGUUGGGACAGUGGUCAACUUGCUCUCGGACUUGCGGUGCCGGUGAGCGCCAGCGCAGCGUGCUGUGCAUAGACUACACAGGCAAGACCGUGGAGCCAGAGAAGUGCAACCCAGAUAAACGGCCAGAGGCUGUUUCCACAGAGUGCUUUUACCAGGACUGUUAGAACAGGCAACAAAGAACAGGACAGGUGGUAUCAGAGGUUUAAGAUCCAUAGGGCAGGUAGUGGAUAAGAGAGCUAAGAGAACAACACCUUCCCUUUUAAAUAGGAAGCUGAUGAUGCUUCAAAAGCAAGCUAGGAAAUUGUAACUUACAAGAUGGGUACAGAAAUCACCUGUCAAUCCUAAUAACGGCAUUAGAUAUGAGGUUUAUUCUAUAUGAUUAAUUCUCAUUGUUAUUCAUAUUCUUCUGUUUUACCUUUUAAUCAUCUAACCACUAUUGAAUAUAUUUUCCUGCCCCACUGAGAUCUACCUCAAACCAUAAAAUUGUUGUAAUAGUAAAGGAAAGGAUUCCGUUUUAAACGUUACAACAAAGGAAUAUUACCUUUGCAAAACCUGCUGAAUUUUAUUCAAAUAUGACUGGUCAAAUACCUCCAUUUUAGUGCAUUUCAGUCCACAUGAGACUGAUAGAUUAUCUAACUGAGUCAAAAUUUAAAGCUACCUGAGACAUGAACCUACCGGCUUCAGAAAGCAGGAGUGUUUCUCUCUUUAGGCUUAGUCCAAAUCCAACUGCCUUUUUAGUAGAUAAUUCUUCAUACACAUGCUUCUGCGCUAUUUCACAUGUUUAAUUUAUUUGCCAGUUUGUAUUCUGUAACAAUGUGUUUAUUAACUGUUAACACUUCUCAUAAUUUAAUGCUGGGUAAUAUGAACUAUUUCAGAUUUAUGCAUUUCAACACUGGAAUUUAGUACAGUCCUUAGCCACAUAAGGAAAACAGACAUCAUCUAGGCCAAUGUGAGAGCUAUUGAAUAGUGAGGGCAUUUCACUUCUAAGUAUCUGCUUUUAACAUUUUGUCUGCUUUCUUUCAAAAUUAUCGAGCUGCUUUCUAGUUUGUUACAGUGUCACGGUGAACUUGUUUGAUUUAGAUGAUAAAUUCUGUUUUGUACUAUAGCCAGGCCAUCAUACUGUUUUAAACGACUAUGUUAAGGUAUGGCCUCAAGCUUUGCGAAAGCCACCUUUUGCUAUGUGUUUUCUAUCGCCAUCUGUUGUUACACAAAACAUAUAAACAAAUGUAUACAUCACAAACUAAGAAUUAGUAUUAAAGAAAAAUCUGAGACUAGUUUUAUAAAGUAGUGUAGAGCAAAGAGCGUGAUGACCUUGCUCAACUGAAUAAAAGGCUCUUUUUCAGUUAUAGGUAAAAUCAUUUCAGAUUUUUGAGCUGGAGAUAAAUGAGUAUUUGAACAAAGUCAAUAGUAGAGAGUAUGUAUUAAAUUAUACAACAGACAAUCUGCGUUCCAAGAGUAUAACCACACUGGUACAUUCGACUCUGUGCAUCACUCCGCUUGUCUGUUCCCUACGUAAAAUUUCAAGUCUAGCAAUAGUUUGUUACAUUGAAACCAUGCCAACACUUAGUACAGGCCAUCAGUCAGUCUGGCCGUUGCUGGCAACACGCACCACUCUAUCCAGCUGUGGCUUCUUGAGAACUACAGUAUUUUCAUUGACGAAACAAAAAUAAACAAAAUAUUUGGCCAUA